ACGAGAAAAAAGUCCAUUUUUCGCCUUGCUCGAGUAAUUCACCCAUUUUUUGUCGCCGCUAGUCCAAAUCCCGACUCGUCCGCCGCGAAAAACGUUUUUACCGUCGGCCUUUUUUUUUUUCGUUUUUGUUUUUGUUGUUUUUUUCCACCUCGGUUGAAAUCGGCGGAAUUUGCGAGUUCUUCGCCCGACUCAGCUUAUUCGUGCGCGUCCUACCGGACCGGCAUCGGCACCCGUAGAAUCCGUUCUUUUUUACGGUCGCCUUUUUCCAAACCUGUCGUUUCCUGUGUUAUUGCCCCUGCGUUCAAGUCACUGGCAUGUGUUUUGUUGUUCGUCAGUGUUGAAGCUCGGAUAAGCCGCGUCACGAAGAUCUCCAGGAUUUUAAUCGAGCUACUGGGAACGCACCGCUUCCUGAAUUCUUCAGAAAUCUAAGAUAAAAACGUCAAAAUCAAGAUGAAAAAUGGAAGGACUAUUCUGCUGGGUGGAAUCGUGGCGGCAAUAUCUUUCAUCACAAUCCAGGCGGCAAUACCUGAGUACAUCAAAUUAUGCCGCAAAGCAGACCCCCUCGUUGCAAAGUGCAUUAACAAUUCCAUAGAGGCUCUUCGUCAAAAAUUGGCCGUAGGAAUCGAUGAGUUGGAUGUUCCACCGAUAGAACCCUUGGUUAUUAAACAAAUCAAACUAAAAAGAGGGCCGCGAGGAGCCCGCAUAGAUGCCGUCAUGAGCAACAUUAAAGUUUGGGGUUGCAGCGAUUUCAGGAUUCUGGAAUUAGAAACUGAUUUAGUCAAAAAUAUAUAUGAUUUCAAAUUACACUUGCCGCACCUCAACUUCCUCGGAAAGUAUAGUAUGGACAUGAACAUAUUAUUCUUUAGGAUUAACGGUACUGGCGACAUGUAUGGCAACUUCACUGAUUACAGAGCAGUUGUCCGAAUGACCGGCAGUAAAGUAACAAGGGACGGAAACGUCUAUCUCAAGAUGGACAAGAUGAAAAUGAAACUGGAAUUUGGUGGUGCCAAAAUCAAACUUACGAAUCUCUUCAACGGUGACCCUAUAUUAGGAGCAACAGCUAACCAAGUCCUGAACGACAACUCGCGGCUCUUCCUGGAGGAAAUUCGACCGGCUUUAGAAGGAGCGUUGUCCGAUCUGUUCACGGAUAUUUCGAACAAAAUCACACUCAGGUUUACAUACGACGAACUCUUCCUGUAGCGACUCAAUCGUGAGCAGUGGGGAUUCUUGAAAGUUGACAACACUGUUUUUGCUCCAUUUAAACAUAUGUAAAACAAUCGAUUCUUUGUAUGAUGUUUGCCUCCCCUAAAAUCGAUAUUUUUGAUGGAUUUACAUGGAGGAGAAACAGAACCACCAACUAGCAAAAUCGCCACUGGUCGUGCAAGAAUCAGGACCUUCACACUGGACGUCCCGUGGCUGUGACUACAUUUUUAGCUGAAGUGAUUUGCGAUAUACCAAUGAGGAAUCUCAAUUUUUAGAAUUCUUGAGAAUUAAGGUCGAUUUACUUCAAACAAUUGAAUUUUUUCAUUUCCCGAAGAUGCUCAAAAAUAUCAUUCUUAUGAAUUCUUAUCAAUAAGAAUUAUUUUUGUGAUUUACUUAUUUCACCCCUGGGGUGUCUUGUAGCCCGCACGGGAGUGGUACGGACCGGGACACGAAAAAAAGAAUCGUUGCUUUCAAAAUACUCACUUUGGAACGUAAUUAAAUUCUGUUCUAGCAACAAACUUUUUGAAAAAGUGGAUUCCAAAUGUUCGAUUUUUUUUUUUUUUUUUUUUUUUUUUUUUGCACCGAUUUUUUUUAACGCUUUAACACGUUAUAUCGUAGACAACCUGAUCGAAAGAGAGGAAAAAUUGAACAAAAGCUAUCCAUUCUUAUGAAGAAUAAGCAAAAAAUUGUAUUUUAAUGAGCAUCAUGAUACUUCCUGUCGUUUUGAUCCACGGCCGUUUAUGACUUUUCCUUUCUAACUUUUGGAAAAUAUUUUCUAAAUGUAAAAAUUAAAAAUGUAUAAUUUCGAAAUAUGAGUGAAACAACUGACGCAUGUUGCGAUGGAUAUCAACAGGAAACCUCUGAAAAAUUUAACUUGGGCCGUCCAAGGAGGAGGCAAAUGUAUACGGACAUCAUUUUUAUACGAGGUGAGAGGUAUUCACUUAUGUUCACCACAGAUUUUAAAGUGCAAUAAUAAAUAAUAGUUUUAUUCGGACCUUGUAGUUCUUGCAAAUUGCACAAGCAGUUUCAGAAUAAUUGUAUCAAUGUAUUUGCAGCAAGUUUAUUGUACAAUUAAAUGCUACUUUUUUAAGUA